AUGCAAGCAUCAGAGCGACGACUGGCAAGACGACGGUCAGAGCUUGGUAGAUAUGCGGGUUCUGCUUCCCUCAGGAGUGCCGCUUUAUCGACCGCCGCCAAUGCCGUUGCCAGCGUUCACGACAGUCAUAACCAUCCGAGCCUUCGACAAGUCCUCGCGACUCUCAUUUGUUGCAAGCACACGCUUGAAGAGCUCAUGCUUGACCUUACCUGCUCCGCUGUAGCUUGUUCCUGGACGCACUCACUCAACGAUGACCUCUCCGAGUUUGAACAUGAGCUGUCUUCGCUCUCCAAGCUGCGCGAACUGUCUAUCCGCUCGCCCAAGGGCUGUGAGUUCAGAAGUGGAAACGUGCUCGCCAUUAUUGCUGACCAUCACUACCCUGUCGAUUGCUCGCCGUAGACAUUCCACCUGGGGCGCGCCGACUGCUACGAGCCGGUCUGGGACGCAACGAGGCGCUGCACAAGCUGAACCUCUUUUGGACUCAUCCCGGCCCUUUGGAAGCCAACACGCAAUCGCUGCGCGAGACGCUCUCGGCGUGUCCUCAUCUGGCAACCCUGCGCGUCUUGAGUGCCGAGCAGGACCCGGAGCAAGACGCCGAACAUCAGUCCGCAUCUCCAUACCCAGACGAAGUACAGCAUGGUACUUCGUCAUUUGGUGAUCUGCAAGAUGGCCACUCGAUGUGGGAUCAACGCCACGCCGAUCGACGAACUUCGCGUGUGAUCGAUUUGGCGCAAGGAGUCGCUCCUGAUAGCCCAGAGGCCGAAUUGAACGCUUCAGCUGUCAGUGCGGCCGUACUGAGCGACAUCGAUAAUACGGCCCUCGAUGUUCGACCAUUGAUGCGACGACCAUCCAUCAGCCCCCGCGAAAGCCAGACUUCACAAGACGCCGCAUGGGCGAUCGGCCGUUCUGUCAGCCAAAACUCGCUAGGUCUGACGCUGGACGGAAGCUGGGAGCUUCCCGAUGCUGGUCAGACAGAGGAUUCGAUGCGCACCACUAUUGACGAAGAUAUAACGGUCCAGUGGAGCGCUCCAGAAGCCACCGACCGACCGGAUGAAUCUCUUCCCGCCGCUUUUGUGUCCCGACAAGCACCGCAUCCCGUCCUGCGAAGGCGGCGCAUGUCGGUACGCUCCUGCAGGUCGACAUCGUCUUCGCACGCCUCCUCGCAAGGUCCAGAGGCUUUUGGAAUGGCCAAGCGAAGAUCGCGAGAACCGAGCUUCUCGUCGGAUCCAGUCUUUGAAGCGCAUGUGAAUGCUGUCGCAUGCCGAGCAGCUCGUAGCAUCGGUCGACAACGCAGCCUGGAAAUCUCCAGCCACAUCUUGCGCAGUAGACCUGUCGAUGUGCGAGGGAGGUCAUACGGCCUUAGCAGGAGCGACCCUUCGCUGCGCGGGAGAUGCCGAGCGUGCUCCGCGAGUACUGAUCACGAAUGGGAUGCCCUUGUCGGUACCUUGCUCCUGGAAUCCGCUCCUGCUCCACCAGCGGUGCCUUGA